CGCAACCGCCUGGAAACUUCAGCAGCGCGAUCCUUUGGGCCAGUUUCACUCCGGGAACUUUUUCAGUGCAGGAGGAGAAGAGAAAGGGGGUGCAAUUGCCCCACUUUUACUCUCUUCUUCCCCUCCUCCUCUCCAAUUCGCCUUCCCCGGUUUGGAGCGGGCAGCUGCCGAUCGGCCACCCCCAGAGCCUUGCCAAGUAGCCUCCUCGCCGCCGCCGCCGCCGCCGCCACCAGUUGCCGCGCGCCAGCUUCCCGGGGAAGCCACUCGCUCCGCGGCCAGCGUCCCGGGCAGCCGAGGGGAGGGGAGCCCGCGCCUCGAGUCUCCGAGCCGCUGCGGCUUCUCGCCUUUCCCGGCCACCCGACCCCCUGCCCCGGGCCCGCGUAUGAAUCUCCUGGACCCCUUCAUGAAGAUGACCGAAGAGCAGGAGAAGGGCCUGUCCGGUGCCCCCAGCCCCACCAUGUCCGAGGAUUCGGCGGGCUCGCCCUGUCCCUCGGGCUCCGGCUCUGACACGGAGAACACGCGGCCCCAGGAGAACACGUUCCCCAAAGGCGAGCCGGACCUGAAGAAGGAGAGCGAGGAGGACAAGUUCCCCGUGUGCAUCCGCGAGGCGGUCAGCCAGGUGCUCAAAGGCUACGACUGGACGCUGGUGCCCAUGCCCGUGCGCGUCAACGGCUCCAGCAAGAACAAGCCCCACGUCAAGCGGCCCAUGAACGCCUUCAUGGUGUGGGCGCAGGCGGCGCGCAGGAAGCUGGCCGACCAGUACCCGCACCUGCACAACGCCGAGCUCAGCAAGACCCUGGGCAAGCUCUGGAGACUGCUCAACGAGAGCGAGAAGCGGCCUUUCGUGGAGGAGGCGGAGCGGCUGCGGGUGCAGCACAAGAAGGACCACCCGGAUUACAAGUACCAACCCCGGCGGAGGAAGUCGGUGAAGAACGGGCAGGCGGAGGCGGAGGAGGCCACGGAGCAGACACACAUCUCCCCCAACGCCAUCUUCAAGGCGCUGCAGGCCGACUCGCCGCACUCCUCGUCGGGCAUGAGCGAGGUGCACUCUCCCGGCGAGCAUUCCGGACAAUCGCAGGGCCCUCCCACCCCACCCACCACUCCCAAAACCGACGUGCAGCCGGGCAAAGCCGACCUGAAGCGAGAAGGGCGCCCGCUGCCCGAGGGGGGCCGGCAGCCCCCCAUCGACUUCCGCGACGUGGACAUCGGGGAGCUCAGCAGCGACGUCAUCUCCAACAUCGAGACCUUCGACGUCAACGAAUUUGACCAGUACCUGCCCCCCAACGGCCACCCGGGGGUGCCGGCCACGCACGGCGGCCAGCCGCAGGUCACCUACACCGGCAGCUACGGGAUCAGCAGCACGGCGGCCAGCCCCGCCGGCGCGGGGGGCCACGUGUGGAUGUCCAAGCAGCCGGCCCCCCCUCCGCAGCCUCCGCAGGCCCCGCAGGCGCCCCCGGCGCCCCCGCAGCCGCAGCCGGCGCCCCCGCAGCCCGCGCCCCCUCCUCCCCCGGCGCCGGCGCACACGCUGACCACGCUGACCAGCGAGCCCGGCCAGUCCCAGCGAACGCACAUCAAGACGGAGCAGCUGAGCCCCAGCCACUACAGCGACCAGCAGCAGCACUCGCCGCAGCAGAUCGCCUACAGCCCCUUCAACCUCCCGCACUACAGCCCCUCCUACCCGCCCAUCACCCGCUCGCAGUACGACUACUCCGACCACCAGAACUCGGGCUCCUACUACAGCCACGCGGCCGGCCAGGGCUCGGGUCUCUACUCCACCUUCACCUACAUGAACCCGGCGCAGCGUCCCAUGUACACCCCCAUCGCCGACACCUCCGGGGUCCCCUCCAUCCCGCAGACCCACAGCCCCCAGCACUGGGAACAACCCGUCUACACACAGCUCACCCGACCCUGAGCGGGUGACCCCACCCACCGGAGACCUGGAACGCCCAAGCCAACAGGGUCCAGAGGAUCCAUGAUCAAAAGAACCGAAGAAAUAGUCAAGAAAAAAAAAAUUAAUAAUAAUAACAACCAACCAGAAUUGCCUUUUGGACGUAGGUUUGUUUCCUGUUCCUUUAUUCCGUAAAAGACCUGUAAGCUAAAGGCGCACCUCGUAACUCAAGAUUCCAAGACCUGACUUGUAUCCCAAUACAGUAGCGACUUGUUGCAGAUCUGUGGCCGGUUGGUGAGGCCCUCUCUCCCUCUCUCUCUCUCUCUCUCUU